UUAUUAUUUUAUUAGCCCAACCAACCUGUUAUUCACUCUCUCAAAUUCACUCUAGCUCUCUCCCUCUCUCUUUCCCUGUCUUGUCUUCGUUACCGAUUUUAGCAGAGACAUGGCAGAGCAAGAACCCGCCGUCAAGGUCGAGCCCGAAGCCCCCUUGGAUCCUGAGCCUGAGCCUGCGCCUGCGCCUCCCCCUCCGGCAACAGAACACCUCGAACAACCUCCCAAAGAUGUCACCGAGGAGAAAUCCGUAAUUCCAGCUCCUCCUCCUGAACACAAGCCCGAUGACAACAAAGCAAUUGCCGUCGUUGAAAAGGCUCCAGAGCAUGCCGAACAGAAAAGUACUGAGGGUUCUAUCAACCGAGACACUGUGCUUGCAAGAGUUGCAACAGAGAAGAAGAUAUCACUAAUCAAGGCAUGGGAAGAAAGUGAAAAAUCCAAAGCAGAGAACAAGGCUCAUAAAAAGUUAUCUGCCAUUGGAGCGUGGGAGAACAGCAGGAAAGCAUCUAUAGAGGCUGAGUUGAAAAAGAUUGAGGAAAGGUUGGAGAAGCAGAAGGCUGAAUAUGUGGAAAAAAUGAAAAACAAAGUAGCUAUGAUACACAAGGCGGCAGAAGAAAAGAGGGCAAUGACUGAAGCUAGACGUGGGGAAGAUAUUCUCAAGGCAGAGGAAAUGGCUGCAAAAUACCGGGCCACUGGAACUGGUCCAAAGAAGCUCCUUGGUUGUUUUUCAGCCUAGAAAUUUCAGGUCUGGUUGAAAUGUGUUUGAAUUAUUUGUAGUCAUUAUUCGUUUGGAGAUCAAUACGUUGCUGUUGUGUGUCACAGUGAUUUAUGUGUGUGUAUAUUGCAUCUGAAUUUUGAAGAAAACCUAACUUAUUAGUUUGUAAAAAAAAAAAAAAAAACAUGUAUAGUAUUGGAUGGAAUCAGGGAGUUUUCUGAAA